CUGGCUGCGGCUCCUCGUGGUCGGUGUGGUCUGCGCGGGCUGUGCUCUGGCCGGCGUCUCCGGCCUCGGCUAUCCGAGUGCCCAGCAGGAGCACGACAUGCUCAUCCUGGACGCCCUCUCCCGCCGCAGCGGCACCGGAUACUAUGGCGAGAACAGCGUAAUGGAGAUGCUAUCUCGAAUGAUACCGCAAUCGUGCCGCUUUCGUGGCCACAAGUUCGAGUGCGGCCUGUCCAUCUCAUGUGUUUUGGGCGGCGGCAAGCCCCUGGAUCUGUGCUCUGGCGGUAUGAUCUGGUCAUGUUGCGUCGACAAAGAUCUCGAUGCCGAGGAGAGUCCGCAUGCCGCUCCAGUAAACAAUACGAGCUGUGGAGAGGUGUACACCCGCUCCAAUCGCAUUGUGGGCGGCCACUCCACAGGAUUCGGCUCGCAUCCCUGGCAGGUGGCCUUGAUCAAGAGUGGUUUCCUCACUCGGAAGCUGAGCUGCGGCGGUGCCCUGAUCUCAAACCGUUGGGUGGUCACGGCCCCCUCACUGUGUGGCUACGUAAGUACAGUUUCGAUUCCGAUACAGCGCCUGGGCGAGUGGGAUGUGCGUGCGCAGGAGGAGCGCCUGAACCACGAGGAGUACGGCAUUGAGCGUAAGGAGGUGCAUCCCCACUAUAAUCCGGCGGACUUCAAGAACGACGUGGCUCUGAUACGCCUGGACCACAACGUGGUCUACAAGCAGCACAUCAUACCCGUCUGCCUGCCGCCGUCGUCGACCAAGUUGACGGGCAAAAUGGCCACCGUGGCGGGGUGGGGGCGGACGCGGCACGGCCAGAGUACGGUGCCCUCGGUGCUGCAGGAGGUGGAUGUGGAGGUCAUUUCCAACGAUCGCUGCCAGCGAUGGUUCCGCGCUGCGGGACGAUGGGAGGCCAUCCACGAUGUGUUUCUCUGCGCCGGCUACAAGGAGGGUGGCCGGGACUCCUGCCUCACCAUGGACGGCCGCAAGACGCUGAUCGGCCUGGUCUCCUGGGGAAUCGGUUGCGGCCGGGAGCACCUGCCGGGCGUCUACACGAAUAUCCAGCGCUUCGUGCCCUGGAUCAACAAGGUGAUGGCCAACGACAAUGCGUAAUGCGUGACGCGGCCCGCCCCUGGACCAGGGGAGCAAACUGAAUUGGAAGACUGCACCUGUCCGCGGAGAAGUUGUGCGGUUGUGCGGUUGCGUGUGUCCGUCGCGUUGCGGGGAUGGUGAUGGUGAUGGAGCGCCCCCAGCGUCCGCAUCUCGGUAGCCAGGCCAUGUGAUUCCUCUACGACUCGGGGUUGCUAGUGUGUAAGACGAAGGUCGUCGCCAUCGCGGGCCUUGUAUUUAUUUUAAUCUAAUUCCAGUUUCCAGGGACCCCCUAUCCCAAUCCGAACCCUGCCCCCUAUUCACCCCUGCAUUCAUUUGUUGUUCGGCUUAAACUUUCCAUAUUUAUUAUACUGUUCGACGAACGAU